AUGGCCAACUUGAACGCGGGGCAGAUCAAGGCUGAACCUCUUGCCAAUCCAGGGAUCAAGGAAGAGCCUGACACGAAGGACACAAACAUGUCGGACGAGGAUAUCUAUGAAGAUACCGGAGACCUGGAUUUCACAAAUGCUUUCCAGAAUGUCUGGUUGACGCGGAUACCUCGGACUUUGUGGGAGCAGUGGUCCAAACUCGAUGAUGAUGAGGAAAUCCAGAUCGGCACAGUCAGGGUUGAAGGAGACCCGACAGAUAUCAAAAGAAUAAGUUUGCGAUUACUUGAUAUACCUCAGAAUAAAGGAGUGCCGAAAGACUACAACCUAAGACGACAGAAUGUGAACGCGGAUCGAACAGCAUACGCGGUGCAGAACACAUUUGUCUUUACGGAGAAGGAUCUCCCAGGAUAUAAGGAUAAGAUGAAUCGAUUUUACAAUGAAAACCAGCCGUACGGCCGGUCUUAUCUUUACGAGCAGACAAAACGUGAUGCAAAGAAGAAAGAGCGGAAAAAGAAGUGGGAGCCCUAUGUCAGGAAGACGGUACCGAGACAAACGGCUAUCACUGCUCGGGUUCACGAUGAAUUCAACUGUCUUCCUGUUGAAAAUGAAGAAUACCAAAGACUCGCAGAAGAGCGAGCAUUGGAAUCCCUCAAACCCAAACGAGAAACCAAGUUUAUCGAAAAAGUACCUGGAAAGAUGCUUCAACCGAAGACAGUUGCUGCUGCCGACAAGUCCAAUUUUAUUCAAAUUGCGAAGCCGGCAAAAGUGCGCGCUCAGGAAAACAAAACUGCCCGUAUGCCCCAGAACGAACUUCUGGACCUUAUCUAUGCCUGUUUCCGGAGACACAAGUAUUGGCCCUUUAAGGCGCUUAAGGCUGAACUGCAGCAACCGGAAGUGUAUCUCAAACAAACCCUAGAGAUAGUGGCACAUCUGGUUAAAAGCGGCGACUUCGCCAUGACUUGGGAGUUGAAGCCCGAGGCAAGGGAAAGUAAUUAUGCAGACGCCAUCGCAUAUAGGGACGCGAAGGAAGAAUUACCCCCAACGGCUGGGUACAGCUUUGAUGAAGGGUCAGAAGGAGAACCCACUGCAUCUGGCAGAGGGACUGAUGCGGAUGAGGAUGACAAUGUUAAAUUUGAAAAUGUGUGA